AUGGCCAAGACAAAGGAAUCCAGCAAGGAUGUCGUCGUCCACCGUCUCCGCGCCCGCCUCGACAGCAAGGGCAAGCCGUCGGAGGAGGCCAAUGUCCUGCGCGCCCAAGUGGACUUCUACGCCGAGCUCCGAGAUCACCUGGCCGUCAACGAGGCCUCCUCGGGGCUGCAGGCAGUCGACGUCCUCGCCCUUAUCGCGGAUGACGACUCCCUACCGGCCUCGCUGACGAAGGUCGUGACGCUGUUGCCGCCGCCCGGCUCCUUCGAAGACGGACAGCCCCCGACUCAUGCUCUCUUUGCGCCGGAGCCCGACACGACCAUCAAGCGUCCUGCCCCGCGCAACAAGGCCCAGUCGAAGCGUCCGGCCAAGAAGCGACGCACCACCGCGAACUCCCUGAAGUAUUCCCUCGAGCUCCCCGACGACGUGCCGGCCACGAUCCGUCGUGACGUGGAUCGCCUUAUCAAGGAGGCGGCAAGACGAGGGAAGACUCCGUUCCGGCUGGCGUAUCCGUGGUCCGGGCAGCGAACCUGGUACGACCCGCAAGAGCACCCGCUGCUUCAUCUUCUGCACUGGCGCUUUUGGAUGAAGCACCGCGCUACGUUCUUCAUCUGCGCCCUCUACGCACCCACCGGCAACUCCGACGCACGCCGCAAGAAGAAGUCCGUCGCCUUGCAGGUCCGUUUGCGGUCCAUCAGCGCGAACAUCGAGGUGUUCGGCUACUACAGCUUCCUGGCCCAGCUGGAGGACAAGGCCCACGACACCCUGAUGUGGUACGGGGGCAAGGCGGCCGCUCACUCGGUAGCGGCCAAGACUCAAGCCGCCCAAGUCGACCUGGCGACGCUCUACAAGAAGGAUAGGGCUCUCUACGACCGGACCAUCGCCCGCGCUCUCGAUCCGUUCUCCAUCGACGAAGACGGCUACAGUUCCGUUCCGGAGCUGCUGCAGCAGACCCAGGCGUUGGACAUCACUCGGAAGCCCCACCUCCGCCUCUCGGACGUCGCUCUGGGCCGCAUCGCCAUGGACGUUGCCAGCCGGUCGCCUCCCAACCCUGCUUGGGUUGGUAACAAGACUAGCGGCGUUUGGAAGCGGCUCCUCUCGGAUUGGUCGCUCCGCGAGGUGCAGACCAACAUUGUGCAGCAGCAAUUGGACGGUACGUACGAAGCGCUGGACGACGUCAAGCCUUACGACGUGACCGAGCGAGGGGACGACGACUCCGACUUCGAAGGCGAAGACGACGACAGCUAUUCGGCCUUGCCUCCUUCUGCGCCUCUUCCAGCCCGGCCCUCGCUCACGGUUUCCGGCUCCGACGGCGACGAGGACGAGGAAGACAAGGUCGACGAAGCCGACGACGCCGCCGAGGACGCCGAAGACGACGAAGAAGAGGUCGAAGACCGCGAAGAGGCAGCCGGCGAUGAAGAGGAAGCGGAAGACGGCGAGAUCACGGAGAGCAAGGCCACCUCCAAGUCCAACAGCGACGCGUUUUCGGUUGACCGCAGCCACGGUUCGGGCGUGACGUCCUCCAAGAAGUCUUCGGGCGACGGGGAGGCUAAGAAGGCCGCUGCGGCCACCAAGAAGACCAAGUAACUACCGCCAACCCGCGCUCAGCGUCGUAUCGUAGCGUAGUGCCUCCCGUUCGUACUCGAAAUCCCUUCCCUAAUACUCUUGCUUUCGUUAAUCUUUCUUUUGUUCCCUUUGUCAGUUCGUUCCAUCGUUUC